AUGGCUGCUGCAAACAUCGCCCUUUCCACUCAAUCUCAGCCGUUUCUCGCCAACAGACAGCCUGCUUUUCCGAAUGUGUCUCGCGAGCGGUUCCAAGCUCUAGUCCAGCGGGCGCAAGCACUUCGCGCAAGUGGACAUACGCCGGAAACAUCUCCCGAGCUCGACAAGAUCUACAAGUUUAUGCAUGCUUUUCAGCAGCAGCAGCAAUCACUCCGACAAGACAACGCUGGAGAGCACUCUCAGCUCGGUCCCAAUGGCCAUUCCUCACCGACGUCCCUUCCCCUUCCAAACGGCACCCCCCUUCCCAACGGGAACGCUCUCACGACGGGUGCUAUCCCCAGCCAACCGUUCCCAGCGGCGCCUCAGUCACCGGUCUCGUUCACGCCGGAACAGAUAGGUGCUCUGCGUGCACAGAUCCACGCGUUCAAGCUCCUUUCGCGAGGAUUGCCGAUACCCGAAGCGAUCCAGCAGGCAAUGCGGGUGCCGAACGAAGCGAUUCCAGAGCUCGAGAAGCUGCUGCAUGGGCAAGACGUGAACGCGAUGGUGGUCGACAGUGCGGUCAAGAUCCACAGGGGCAACGGCAGCGUUGCGCCCGAGCAGUCUGCAGCGGUCGAGGGGAGCGCAGCGGCGGCAGCGCCGGACGGGGUGAAGGAGGAGGGCGAGGAGGUGGAGAUGGAGAUGGAGGUCGACGCGGCGGACCUGCCGAAGGGACCGUUCCCGGAGGACGACAGGAAGUCGGGGAUGUACCCGUACAACGCGUACACGCACCCGUUCACGCUCUUGCGGCGGAGUGCGGGGAUGAGCGAGGCGGCGUUUGCGACGCGGCUGCAGCGACUGCUAGUACCGUCGGUCAUGCCGGCGGGGCUGGACCCACAGCAGGCGAUCGCAGAACGCAACCGGUUUGUCGACGCGCGGAUCGAGCAGCGGAUGCGGGAACUGGAGGAGAUGCCGGCGACGAUGGGGGACGGCGGGCUAGAGAGCAUGCUGGAUGAUGCGGCAAUGGCGGACAAGGAAAACGCAUCGAUGGAGCUCGUCCCCGCGGAUGCACACGGGAAGCUGCGUGCGCUGAUCGAGCUCAAGUCGCUCAGAGUGCUGGACAAGCAGCGGUCGCUACGGGCGCUCGUCGCGGAGCGGCUCACGCAUGGUUCGCUACUACCGCUCAACAGAGCAGACUUCCGCCGGACGCGCAAGCCAACGAUUCGGGACGCACGGAUGACGGAACAGCUAGAGCGUAAACAGCGGGUGGACCGUGAGCGCCGGGCGAAGCAGAAGCACGUCGAGCAGCUUGGCGUGAUUUGUGCGCACGGGCGCGAAAUUAUAGCUGUCGGGCGUGCGGCGCAGGACCGCGUUACUCGACUUGGGCGCUCAGUGUUGUCGUUCCAUAUCCACACUGAGAAGGAGGAGCAGAAGCGUAUCGAGCGUAUCUCGAAGGAGCGUCUCAAGGCGCUCAAGGCGGACGACGAGGAAGCAUACAUGAAGCUCAUCGACACCGCGAAGGACACUCGUAUCACGCACCUACUCAGGCAGACAGAUUCGUAUCUCGAUUCACUCGCGCAGGCCGUUAUGGAGCAACAGCGUGGUGGCGAAAGUCUUGGAGAUUUUGAGGUUGAAGAAGGACCAACGAGCGAGGCGACGUUCGGUGCUAAGAAGUUCGAGGACGAGAACGAGAAUGAGGACAAGAGCAAGAUGGAUUACUAUGCUGUUGCACACAGAACCAAGGAGAAGGUCUCCAGGCAGCCAAGUCUAUUGAUUGGUGGUACAUUGAAGGACUACCAACUCAAGGGCUUGCAGUGGAUGGUGAGCUUGUACAAUAACAGGUUGAAUGGUAUCCUCGCAGACGAAAUGGGCCUCGGGAAGACUAUCCAGACUAUCUCGCUCAUUACCUUCCUGAUCGAGUCCAAGAGGCAGCGUGGACCAUAUCUUGUCAUAGUUCCCCUGUCCACCAUGACCAAUUGGUCCGCUGAAUUUGCCAAGUGGGCCCCGGAUGUGAGGAUAAUUGCUUACAAGGGUAAUCCCACCCAGCGCAAGGUCUUGCAAGGCGACAUUCGCACGGGCAACUUCCAAGUUCUCCUCACCACCUACGAAUAUAUUAUCAAGGACCGUGUCCACCUCAGCCGCAUCAAAUGGGUACACAUGAUCAUUGAUGAGGGUCACCGUAUGAAGAACACGCAGAGCAAGCUUACGCAGACUCUCACACAGUAUUACCACUCGCGUUACCGGUUGAUUUUGACGGGAACUCCAUUGCAGAACAAUCUGCCCGAGUUGUGGGCAUUGCUUAACUUUGUCUUGCCUAAAGUUUUCAACUCCGUGAAGUCCUUUGAUGAAUGGUUCAAUACGCCUUUCGCGAACUCUGGUACUGGUGACAAAAUUGAGUUGAAUGAAGAAGAGGCCCUCCUUAUCAUCCGCCGUCUGCACAAGGUGCUGCGUCCGUUCCUCCUGCGCCGUCUCAAGAAGGACGUCGAGUCCGAGCUUCCCGACAAGGUGGAGAAGGUCAUCAAAGUCCGCAUGAGUGCUUUGCAGUCUCAACUGUACAAGCAAAUGAAGAAGUAUAAGAUGAUUGCCGAUGGGAAGGAUUCCAAAGGAAAAUCGGCCGGUGUCAAGGGCCUCAGUAAUGAGCUCAUGCAACUACGCAAAAUUUGCCAGCAUCCCUUCUUGUUUGAAAGCGUUGAAGACAAGAUCAAUCCAUCGGGACUUGUUGACGAGAAGCUCGUUCGCACAUCCGGCAAGAUUGAGCUGUUGUCUCGUAUUUUACCCAAAUUUUUCGCAACCGACCACAGAGUCCUCAUUUUCUUCCAGAUGACAAAGGUCAUGGAUAUCAUGGAAGACUUCUUGAAGAUGAUGGGCUUCAAGUACCUCCGUUUGGACGGUGGAACGAAGACGGAGGAUCGUGCCGGUCAUGUCGCCCUAUUCAAUGCCAAAGAUUCAGAUUACAAGGUGUUCAUUCUUUCAACUAGGGCAGGUGGUCUUGGUUUGAACUUGCAGACUGCAGACACCGUGAUCAUCUUCGAUAGUGACUGGAAUCCACAUGCCGAUCUCCAGGCGCAAGAUCGUGCUCACCGAAUUGGCCAAACGAAAGUCGUCCGCAUCCUGCGUUUCGUCACGGAGAAGAGCGUAGAGGAGGCAAUGUUCGCCCGUGCUCGCUUCAAGCUCGAUAUCGACGACAAGGUCAUUCAGGCUGGUCGUUUCGAUAACAAAUCCACUCAAGAGGAACAAGAGGAGUUUUUGCGAUCGAUCUUAGAAGCAGACCAAGAGGAAGAGAACGAGGAAGCCGGUGACAUGAACGACGAAGAGCUUAACGAGCUCAUCUCACGCGGUGACGACGAGGAGCGCAUCUUUCGCGACAUCGAUAUACAGCGUGAGCGUGAGGCAUUGGAGCGUUGGAAGGCUGCUGGCCACCGCGGCAAGCCCCCUCCACCAUUGAUGCAGCUAGAAGAGCUCCCCGACUGUUAUCGAACAGAGGAGCCGUUCGAAGAUAAGACCGAGUACGAAGAGGAGGGCCGUGGACACCGUCGCAGGGUCGCCAUCAACUACAACGAUGGGCUUAGCGAUGAUCAGUGGGCGAUGGCACUGGAAGAGGGCGAAGACAUCCAGGAGUUGUCGGAACGUGCACGCGAGAAGAAGGACCGACGUACAGCAAACAGGCUGCUGAAGGAGAUUGAUGCCAGUCCUGUACCUGAUUUGGAUGCUCCACGCGGUCGCAAGGGUAAGAAAGGCAAGGGCAAGGCCGUCGAUCAGGACGCCACUCCUGCCAACGGCAAGAGGAAACGCGGCAUGAAGUCCAUGUCUAUAACCCCUUCUAAUGACGACGAUGACGAAGAGCGUGAUACCAAACGUCGGAAGACAAAGGCGAACGAAGUACCUCCUGCAGUCCGCGAUAAGAUGAAGAAGGCGUUCAACGAAUGCUAUAAAGUCAUGCUCAAUUGUGAAGAUGAGAGUGGUCGCAAGCGUUGCGAGCUGUUCAAGGAGGUGCCAGACAAGAGGGAAUAUCCCGAUUACUACCAGCUCAUCAAGCGGCCCAUUGCAAUGUCGACUCUCCGCAAACGCAUGAAUAGCAAUUAUUACAAGAAUGUUCUAGACUUCCGAGAAGACUGGAGACUGAUGUUCAACAAUGCUCGGACUUACAACCAGGAGGGUUCCUGGGUAUAUGUAGACGCGGAAGAGAUGGAGAAGCUGUUCAACGGAGUGUUCAACCGGGUCAUUGCUGGGACUCAAUUGCCAGGUGCACCCCCAGUCCCUGAAAAUGCAUUAGCCUCUGGAGCGUACGAUUCUGCGCUGACCCCGAUGGAUGAAGACGAACGGCUUCCGGUUAGAGGGAAAAACGGGCGGAAGCAGAUCCUCAGCGAUGACGAAUACCUGACGCCGACCGAUGACGAGUGA